CAUGGGAGUACAGGAGUCCACAUAUUGGUUUGUGGUCCUGUCAUAAGUUUCGUUUUCCGCAAAACUCAACUUAAGUUCGGCCAAAAUGCGCCACGGGCUGGUUCGUCCUAUCAUUAAGGGAAGGGCCGAUGCCGAAGACGGCGCGAACAAAAUAAUGAUUGAGUCCACUCCUUCUCGAGCAGACUGCGUAAUGUCAUAAUCAGCCGCCACAGCAGUUUUUCUUUGGAGACUAGUCCUGCAUGUUGUGGUGAAAACAUAUGAGCUGCCUGGGACGCCAGACAACAGCCUAUCAUUUGCAAAAUCAAGACCUACAAAUGAUAAAAGAAAUUUCUUCAGGGCGGCCUGUUCCAUCAAUUUGCAGACUGUAUCAAGACUACAUAUUUGCAGACUGGGUUUGGGCACCUGGAUGCAUCUCCCUCAUCUAUGACCCAUGCACCUAAUGAUGAAGCAAAGACAAUUGGAGAUGAUUUUGCGGUCUGAAUAAUGGCAGAGUUUGAAAAUCUUCCAGUCAAACAAUGGACAGAAGCAAUGGUCAGUGCCUGGCUGAGGUCCAUUGGCAUAAAAGAAGACUAUGUGAGCAAGCUGAACGAAGAAGAAGUGAAUGGGAACAUUCUUCUGGAGGUAACGGAGGACUUUCUGAAAAAAGAAACUGGGAUGAAAUCCGGGCCAGCUCUUUUGAUCAUCAAGAAGAGAAAUGAACUUGUUGAAUCGCUUAAGAAGGCGCAAAAAGUCCACAAAAAUCAAGGAGCUUCUAAAAGGGAACACAGCGAUGCCAAAAAUGACAAUGAGACAAAAGAAAAACCUCCAGAGUCCAAGGAAACCACAAUCUCAGAGAUUCAAGCACAAUCUGUCUUAACAUCAAAAAACGACUGUAAGCCUAGGCCAUUUUGCAAAGAUGGUAUUGAUUUUACGUAUAUCAAACACAAUGUCCUACAACCAGAAUCUGGUGUAGUUGAUCUCAUAUCUCCCUGUCAUGAGUACAAGUCAUUUGCCAUUGCAGCAACUUUAGACCGCACAAAGUUGCAAGCUAAAUUGGCCAGAGAGAUAUUGAAAUUUGGUGCUGGUUGCAUGAACAUGCGCACGAAUGGCACAAUACAUUUUGGUGUAAUGGAUAGUAGGGAUGACUCUGGCUAUGUGCAUGGUGAGAUUAUUGGUGUGCCAGUGGCUGAAAAAGACAUGUAUGUUGAUGCCCUGGAUCACAUUGAGAGAGCAUGUUCUAGUGGAAAGGCAGAGCAUGUGAGACAGUGUAUUCGGCCACCUCAAUUUAUUGAGGUAAUUGACAUUAAGAGCCAUGAAAAGAUGUAUGUUGUGGAAGUUGACAUUGUUCCUACUAUCAGUGUUGUGAAGAACAGUGUAUACCCUGUUCGUCUUCCAAACUUCAGAAAGGAAGCAAACAAGCUUGAGUUCGAAAAAGACGUCAUCUACAGCAGAAUUGGAUCGAAAACGGAACCAGUUAGUGAUCCAAAUGAAUUCUACCAGCGCGUCCGUGAAAGGGAUGCUCAGAGAGAAAGGGCUGAGCAGGCAUGUUUUGAGAGCAACCCAGAUGUCAGCCAAGACCUCGGUAGAAAACUCACAAUGCUCAUAACCAGUGGCAAGAAAUUCAUUGAGAAAGAAAAAUGGUACAUUCUUGUCACAAACAAAUUUGGAAAGCAAGAUCUUAGCAGUAUAGACUUUCUGCUGAAUAUGAACAUCUUCAGUGUCUUUGACUUUGAUCCGGACUCCAAAGUAUCAGGAUUGUGCAGUGAAUACUCAAAGCACCAUGCUGUAAACCUACACUUUAUGCAAGACUACAAAAUCCCCACUGGAAAGAGUGUAAGCGAAUUUGCAAGCCAUCUUCACUUAUUUGAGCAGGCAAAUUGGAUAUUUUGCAAUGGACGCAGUGAUUUCAAAGGAAAUGAAGGUCAGUAUGAUGAGAUGACAUGGAUCAAAUCAAGAAUGACUCUACUGAAAGAAUGUGUGUCAGUGAUCUGUAAACAGAUACUGCCAAAAGGCUCUUUCCUUGUGGUGUUCCUGCUCACAUCUCCUGUUGAAAAGCCUCUACUUUACACUUUCCUUGAGUUCUUUAUUGACAUGGAAGGUCAUGAUGACAUCAUAUGCAUCUCAGAAUCAGAAGAAAACUUCUUGAAGUGGCAGAGCUUUGCAGAGGGGUCUUGUGGUGUAGACACUGUGAAUCGCUCAAGUGUUGUUGGGAUGAAAAUUAGCCACAUCAAUGCAACACUGCAGCGCAUCCAACCCAUGACUUCACGCCCCACAAAAUUCCUCCCAGUCUAUGUAAAAGGAGAGUGCAACCUUGAGACUCGUGAGGAAGAGAGGAUGUAUUCCCUGGAAAUCUUGGGUGUUAACCAAUGUGAUGAAACCAGCCUUGAAUUUGCUAAGGAACAGAAAGAAAUCAUUGAAAGGCAGUUUUAUCAUGGAGGAAAAGUGAACUGGUUGAACUUCUGGUUGGCUGACAAAAAGUUGGUAGGGGAUGUCAUUCAAAGGGAUGCUUACCAUGAUAUUUCAAGUCUGAUCCAGAGCAACCUCAAAAGACAUGUUGGGCAACCUCCAAUUUGUUGCCUAAAUAUAUACCACCAUCCAGGAAGUGGUGGUAGCACAGUUGCAAGGCAAGUUCUUUGGAACAAUCGAAAAGCCCUACGAUGUGCUGUUGUGAAGCCAUCAUACUCUCCCUCUUUAGUGGCAGAGCAUGCCUUCCAGCUACGAGAAUAUGAAGAGAAAGACAUGCAACAUUGUCUCCCAGUCCUCUUGCUUUUGGAAGACUGUGACAGAGAGUAUUUGGAUGAUUUAAAGAAUGAAUUGGAGGCUGCAUUCAACACCAAGAAGAUUGCACAUGGAACACUGUGUUUCAUUUUGCUUACCUGUAAACGGUCCCAUAACCCAGAGAGAAUGUGUAUGGAAUCACCGUUGGAAAAUGUUGCAGUGACUCACAAAUUGUCAGAUGAAGAGAAGAGACACUUUGCAACAAAACGUCAGACACUUGAGCAACAGCACGAGCCACAGUUCAUCUUGACUUUUGUCCUGAUGAGUGAGGAAUUCAAUAACCAGUACAUACAGCAAUUUGUGACACAUUUGCUGCAAGGGAUUGACCAUGCAUCAUUAGUUACAAGGCUCAUUCGCUAUGUUGCCUUGCUGAAUGCCUAUGUACAAAACUCCUUCAUCUCUCGAUCCCAUUGUGAGGCCUUGCUACCAAUAACUUUCUACUCUGAUAGAUUUCGACAGCAUGCCUUUGAGAGCUCCCUUAGUGAGCAAGCGAAAUUGGUCUUCAUACACUUAAGAGAUGAUAGGACGUACAUUCAAUCCGUCAGAAUUAUUCACCCCUUAGUUGCAAAGGAAAUACUGCAUCAGCUCCUGAAUGAUCAGCUUCAAAGUGAUCUUGCACUGGCUCUCCUGCAUGAGGACGUGCUUUUUGACCACAGGUUUGGCAGAGACGACUAUUUGAAAUUUUUGAGAGCCCUAUUCAUGAGGCGAAGCAGGAUAAGCAAAGGAGAUGAGUCUGACAGUUUCUUCUCUCCACUGAUUGAGCAUGUACAGAAGAAUGAAACUCCUCAGAAAGCCAUUACUCUUCUUGAAGAGGCAUAUAUACGAUUCAACAAAGAUGCUUUCUUCGCACAACAACUUGCACGUCUGAACUAUUCUCACGACCAGUUUGAGGAUGCGAAAAAGUGGGCCGAAAUAGCAGCAUCCAAAUUACCAAACAAUUCAUACAUAUUAGACACCAGAGGCCAAGUUUACAGGAGGUGGUUUGCUGCCAAAUCUAAAGCACUUGACAAAGUGAAGAAAACACCUGAAAAUACUGUUGAUGCCAUUGAGACUGCAUUAAAAGCACUAGAAUGUUUUCAACAUUGUGAAAGAGCUGCUAUUGCAGAUGUGGAAACGAUGAACAACUCUGGAUUUUUCGCUGUAGUAGAAGUGGGAUGCACUUUGCUUAAGCUUAUCUCCUCACUUCCUAUCUUCUCCUGCAAGACCAUGUGCAUACAGUACCUGGUGACUGACUUUAUUCCUGAACCAGUUAGGAAACCAUGGGAGAAUAUUCACAGCAAAUUGAAAAACCUACAGACUUUAAUGCGUCAGGCCUUGGAGUGGAUAUCUGAGGAUUUGAGCUAUUUUCAGACUGAUGUGAGUGCGGAUGAAGAAGAAACUUCAGAGAGCUAUGACACGACAAUAGUCCACCCCAAGACCUGGUUGGUGACCAAGUCCUUGGUCUAUGGAAAGUACUUCAGUGAUGCCUCUGCUGAAACCAUUAAGAAGCAGUCUCAGUCAAACCCAGACAGUUUAACUCCCUUCAUGAAACGGAUGCUGAUUUAUCGCCUUGGUGGGGGUAACAUCAUCACAAUCUUCUCACUUCUCAGUGACCAGAAGGAAAAAGACUCAGUCAAAAUAUUGGAGGAAAUAAUCUCAUUGUACCCCAGAAAUCCACAGAAAGCAAGGCUGGAUCAGGUGGAUCUUUCAAACUACAUAGCCACCCACAUUGCACUUAGCUGCCUCUCACCCCAGUCUCCCAAACUGUCCAGUCUUCAGGAUCUUCGGAGAUUGACCCAGCAGCUUCCCAGUGAGAAACGAGACUGUUUAUCAUGUGCCCUCUACCUCCUCACAUUACUUUUCUGGCCCGAAGAGCAUGACAUGGAGGACACAAAGAACAGUAAAUAUGAAAUUGUUCUUGGAGCACUGGAAUACCUCAAACGCAGUUACUGGAAAAAAAUGAAAGAUAUUCCGCAGAGAAGAAGGAAGAUUUUCACCCAUUUUUUCUUGGGAAAUGGAAUUGGAUUUGAUAAGUUUGUCCAUAGAACCAAAGUGGAAAAGAUCACAAAACCUCUGAGCAUGUCUGAGAAAAAAUUGAAAUUUCGUGGAGAGGUGUGGAAACGGCCAGAAAUUGCAGAACUGUGCAAACGUGUAACUGGCUGGACAGAGGAUGGGACAGUGUACAUUGAAGGACCACAGAAGAAGAAGUUUGUUGUGUAUGCUUUAAACACAGGCACAGUGCCUUAUGGGAAUGAGAAUGUUACCUUCUACUUGGGCUUUACAUUCAGGGGGCCAGUGGCAUACAACAUUACAACAAUGGUAUAGUCAACAUGGAGAUGAUUGUCGAAUUGUUCCAGAAGGGAACUUUUACACAUUACUUUGCAAUAAUCACAAAAGUUACACUAAAUUGUGUUGUAUAAUGUUUUCAAUUGUGCAUAUAAAAUAUAUGGUAUACACCGCUGCAAUAUGGUAUCCAUUUUUUUCUGUACCUUUUUGACAUUUAAAAAAAAUGUAUUUAUUGGUUCUUUAUUCAUGUGUUGUAUGGUCAUAGCAGCCAAAUAUCACUCCAUGUGAUAAACUGCACGUACUGCUUUGCCUCUGUAUUUACUUCUCCUGGCAAGAUCAUUCAUGUUCUUGCAUUAGUAUUUUAUUUUUAUUGUUCGGUUUGAUUUGAUGUUUUGAAUUUCAAUGUUUGUAAUAUAAAGGACAUUUUAUGACAAUGCAUGAUGUACUCUUAUCUAUUUGAAAUUCAUUUCUUUCUUUUAUGGGCACUUUAUUUAACAUUUGUGCAAUCAUUCAUUUAAAUCUCAAUGUUGUAAUACUCUUGAGACUUUGACAUUUCUGAAUCAUGUCAAAUAUACUUGUGUUGCCUUACCUUACUGUACCUUUAUAAGUGCUGUUGGUUGGACAGAUUUUAUAUCAAGUUAUUCUGAAUGUAUAUACACAUGUAACUUUUUGAUGUCCAUAAUUGCUGACAUGAUUGUGUUUUUUUAUGCAUUGUCACAAACUAAAACCUGUGGCCAGAUGGUCCAGCAUCUUGACUGACACUGAAAUAAAAAUGAUCAUCUUGACUGACACUGAUUUUGUUCUAACCUCACUCAAUCUGGUGUGUUAGGAGUUGGUGGUGGACAUCAGGAUGAGUGAUGAGCGCCACUUACAAGAGUAACCUUUAAGGUGACACAAUUCACUUCCUUUGCACGUUUUUCACCAGGCAAAGUAAGGGUAUUUUCACACCUAGUCCCCUUUUAAGUGAACCAAGCUCUUUAAAGGAGCACUCCUGCCAAUUUCAAUAUGCUGUUGUAUUGCUCACGCUACCCUUGACUUGUCAGUACCCAGUGAUGCUGUAGUUUUUGGCUCAGCCCUUUCCGAGAUAUGAGCUAUUCUAAUGGGGGCAGCUUUUGUUUACAUUUUUAAAAAUCUUAACAUAGGCCUACUCCAAAUAUUUUCCGGAAAGUUAUCGCUGUUUGCUAGUUGUCUGCUGAU